UCCGACGACAAGUCUGGGGCGCUGCUGUGCUACUUACCAGGCUGCACUAGUGCAGCGUUUUAAUUCUAAAUAGUCCAUUCUGCCCAUGUUGUUUUUACUUAAGUGACAAAAGCGCGUUUGUUCCGGCUCUUCCCAGCCUGCGUGCCGUGCAUGUGCAGAUGGAAAACCUAUAGCGCAGGCUACUGGCAGUCGAGCUUUUUAGUGCCACUGGUUCACGUCAAGUUACCCGUGAACUUUGUCACAUUUGGGAGCCAUGUCGUGUCUGCUCUUGGUAAGAAACGGCAGGAGAGCGUUUUCGGUUAUCUGCGGGGGGCGCAGAGGCACCGACGCACUUUCAGGAGUUCAUCCGGUUGCGCGGCGCUUCAUCAUAGAUACGUCCUACUCAGCGCACUUCAUGGAUUUCAAAGGAUCCUCUAUACCGAGCACUAUGAAAAAGCUGGUCGUCUCUAAGCUUUCUCAGAAUUUCAGAGAGGCCGUUGCUGUGCAAACCGUUGCUGUUCCGACACCCGGAGACGCGGACUUGCUCGUGAGAAAUCGGUUUGUGGGAAUCAACGCCUCUGACAUUAAUUACUCGGCUGGCCGUUACGACCCCUCAGUGAAGCCCCCCUUCGAUGCUGGUUUUGAGGGUAUUGGUGAGGUUGUUGGCCUCGGCCUUAGUGCCAGCUCCCAGUACACCGUUGGGGACACCGUGGCCUACUUUGGGAGCGGUGCGUUUGCUGAGUACACGGUGGUGCCAGCCAAGGAAGCUGUGCCCGUCCCUGCAGUGCAGCCUGAGUUCCUCACCCUGCUGGUCAGCGGUGCCACUGCCUACAUCGCCUUGAAACGUCUGGGCGACCUGGCCAAAGGUGAGACCGUCCUGGUAACGGCAGCUGCAGGAGGGACUGGACAGUUUGCUGUGCAGUUGGCCAAGCAGGCCGGCUGCCAUGUUAUUGGGACUUGUUCAUCCAAUGAGAAAGCUGGAUUCCUUAAAUCCCUCGGCUGUGACAGGCCAAUCAACUACACCACAGAAGACCUGGCCAAGACACUGAGGAAGGAGUAUCUGCAAGGCAUAGACGUGGUGUAUGAGUCAGUAGGAGGCAGUGUCUUGGAACUCGCAGUGAACAGUUUGGCCAAUAAGGGGAGGCUGAUAGUGAUUGGCUUCAUCUCAGGGUACCAGACAGCAUCAGGGAUCCCACCGUUCAGAGGAGGAACGCUGCCGGUCAAGCUGCUCCAGAAGUCAGCCAGCAUUCGGGGUUUCUUCCUGAACCACUUCCUCAGUGACUACAGAGAGGCUCUGGGUAGCAUGAUGCAGAUGUUUGCCAAGGGGACACUAGUGUGUGAGGUGGAUCAUGGGGAUUUGUCACAAGAGGGGAGGUUCGUAGGCUUAGAGUCGGUCUUCCGGGCUGUGGACUACAUGUAUGCUGGGAAAAACGUGGGCAAGGUUGUGGUGGAAGUGGCACCAAACUCUGUUAGUAACAGUAAGCUGUGAUUAGUUAAUGCAGUAAAGAAAUUACACUUGGACUCAAAUAAUCAAGUUUAAAACUGAAAACUGUGAGUUAGGCCUUUAAUCAAUUCUAAUAGACAUUGGGUUCCACGUUUUUGUAACGUGACUGAUAUAAGUAAAGCAACGUGAUGCUGUCAUGAAUUAAUAUAAUUAUCUUUAUUUUCUGUCAUCAAACUUUGGAAACUUUGCACAUUAAAAUGUGAUUAAUUAUAAUUUAGGUGAGUGUUGAAUAAUCCCUAAUUUUCAAGAUUGAUAUAAAAUAUAUAUCU